UGGCGGCGAAGCGCCAAGUGAAACCGAGCGUGGAGAGGGGAGAAGGGGAGACCAGAGGAGUGAGAGCGCUGGGACAGCCCCCUCCAUGAUUCGCGGUUAGAAGGCGGGUCGGGUUGUGUGUGAGGAGCGGCGGCUACUGAUGUUGGAGCCGCUUGCUAGCUCAGAGCCUCUUUUAGGCAGGAGCACGGGACGGUCAGGUCUGAGGACCCCGUCACGAAUUCUGUCGAUGUCACUGCACACGUGUCCAACAGAAGGUGCACUUGCAGCAAGGGUAUUAAUGGCUGGAAACGUGGAUGUGUACAACUCUUCUGUUCAUGACUCCUGCGUCUCUUCAGGGUUUAAAACCCUGUACGAGGAGGGAUUAUUAUUUGAUGUCACCCUAGUUAUUGAGGAUCACCAGUUUCAAGCUCACAAGGCACUAUUGGCUACGCAGAGUGACUACUUUCGAAUAAUGUUCACAGCUGACAUGAGGGAGAGGGACCAGAACAAGAUUCAUCUUAAAGGACUCACUCCAACAGGCUUUAGUCAUGUCCUUCAAUUUAUGUAUUAUGGCUCCAUUGAACUGAACAUGAGCACUGUCCAUGAGAUCCUACAGGCAGCCAUGUAUGUCCAGUUAACUGAGGUGGUGAAAUUCUGCUGUUCUUUCCUGUUGUCAAAAAUCUGCUUGGACAACUGUGCAGAAAUCAUGCGACUUUUAGAUGAUUUCAGUGUUAAUAUAGACGGUAUCCAAGAACAACUGGACAAGUUCCUACUAGAGAACUUCGUACCACUCAUGUCCCGAGCUGAUUUUCUGUCCUACUUGAGUGUUGAAAAGCUUUUGACAUGUUUGGAAAAUGAUCAACUGAGCAGAUUCCCAGAGAUUGAGCUCUUUGAGGCUGCACAGGCCUGGCUGCGACAUGACAGAAGCCGUUGGAGGCACACAGAUGCCAUUGUUCAGAAUGUCAGGUUUUGUCUGAUGAAUACAACAAACGUUUUGGAAAAGGUAAAAACAUCCGAAUUUUAUCGCUACUCACGGCAGCUUCGUUUUGAGGUUGAGCAGGCUUUAAGCUACUUUCAGAACAUGAAUCAACAACCACUCUUGGAGAUGAAGUCCAAUCGCAUUCGCUCUGCUAAGGCACAGACUGCAGUUUUCAGAGGGAUGAUCGGACACAGCAUGGUGAAUAGCAAGAUUCUUCUGCUGCACAGACCCCGGGUCUGGUGGGAACUGGAGGGUCCACAAGUACCACUGCGACCUGACUGCCUUGCAGUUGUGAACAACUUCGUAUUUUUGUUGGGAGGGGAAGAGUUGGGUCCUGAUGGUGAAUUUCAUGCUUCCUCCAAAGUCUUCCGGUAUGACCCCCGACAAAACUCAUGGCUGAGAAUGUCAGACAUGUCUGUCCCCAGAUCUGAGUUUGCUGUUGGCAUCAUUGGAAAAUACAUCUAUGCUGUGGCAGGCAGAACAAGGGAUGAAACCUUUUACUCGACUGAACGUUACGAUAUCACCCAAAACAAAUGGGAAUUUAUUGAUCCAUAUCCAGUAAAUAAGUAUGGCCAUGAAGGAACGGUUCUCAACAGUAAACUUUACAUAACUGGUGGAAUAAUGUCCUCCUCAACCUCCAAGCAAGUAUGUGUUUUUGAUCCCAGCAAAGAAGGUACUGUGGAACAACGGACAAGGAGAACACAAGUGGUUACAACGUGCUGGGAGAAUAAAGCUAAAAUGAAUUAUGCACGCUGCUUUCAUAAAAUGAUUGCCCACAAUGGGAAACUUUAUGUUUUUGGUGGUGUGUGUGUAAUAUUACGUGCAUCCUUUGAGUCCCAAGGCUGUCCAUCAACAGAAGUUUAUAAUCCUGACUCUGACCAGUGGACUAUCCUAGCAUCAAUGCCCAUAGGAAGAAGUGGACAUGGGGUGGCAGUUGUUGAAAAACAGAUAAUAGUCCUUGGUGGCCUUUGUUACAACGGUCAAUACAGUGACUCCAUACUUACCUUUGAUCCAGAAGAAAAUAAAUGGAAAGAAGAUGAAUACCCAAGGAUGCCUUGUAAACUGGAUGGCUUACAAGUCUGUAGCCUUUACUUUCCUGACUUCGUACUGGAGCAUGUUCGGCGAUGUACCUAAAACGUUGCUAUGGCUAUGUGACACUAAUCACCUAGGGAGGGGAAACCAUAGUAUUGUUCAGCAUUUGGGGAGAGCAAGUUUAACAGUAUUGUAACGGUAUUGCCCUUGAAAAAUAAGGUGCCAAAAGAAAUGCAGUUCAGAGUUUUUUUUCAUCUUUAUUCUAUGUAAUCAGUUCAAAUCCAUUAUUGAUUUCAGUUUAAUUAAUAAUCUACUAUUUAAGAACUUUUAAUUGUUAAUGAGGAAAUUUACAGUUAUAUAACUGUACUUGACAAAUUGCGUAUUCAUAUCCUUGCACCGUUGUCUGGCACUCUGAGUACCAUUGCUGAAGAGUUUACCAGAUCUAUGUCUAUUUUUGAUAUCUAUUAUUUAUUAGGUUUUUCCUUAGUUUCUUUUUAGCUUUUUAUCAAAAGCUUUGGCCUUUUCACCAAAAUUGUGAUUCUUGUUUAGUCGUAAGCACUUUUUGGUGUUGUCUUUUAUGAUUGAUUAAUCUGUGCUCCCACUAAAGAUCCAACUGCUGCAAAUAGUUUGGUAAGUACUUUGAAAUAAAAAUGGAAAAUGCUGGAACCAUUCAGUAAGUUAGGCUGCAUCUGUGGAAAGGGAAACAGUUAAUAUUUCAGGUCAAAAACCCUUCAUCAAAACUGGAAAAGAGAGAAAUUAGGUUAGUUUUAAGUUCCAGACCAAAUUGAGGGAGGGAUGGAUAAGUCUCCAACUGCCCUCUUUUGUUCACUUUCUCUCCCUCCAUCUACAAUUUAUCCCUGUAUUAACCCUGGCUUCACCCUUUCAGAGAGAUUCCUGUUGUUCCAUCAAUCUGUUUCAACCCCUGCCCCAAUUCUCUUCUAGUUAAAAGUACCUUGUUUUCUCUCUCCCAAUACUAACAAGGGGUCUUCAACCUGAAAUAAACAAUUGUUUCUAUUUCCACAAAUGCUGCCUGACUUGCUGAGUGUUUCCUGCAUUUUCUGUUUCCAUUUCAGAUUUCCAAUUUCAGUUUUUUUUGAUUUUUCAUUUAGGAAAAUAUUUUAUUGUAUGGUUAGUUUAAUAUUUUAGAGAUCAUGAGGGGAAGCUGAUUUUUGUCCAUAGGGUUUGAGAUUGUGGGAGGGCAUAGAGGUGGAAUCUGCCAGCAGGGAGAACUUUAGAGCGGAUCAGCUGAUUGUUCAGUGAACAUUAAAAUCUUUUGAAGGAAGUAUUCAUUUUCUUCCUUUGUGUAAUCCUGUGCUUUCCAAAUUAGUUUUGGGUAUGCUCUUUUUACUUGAUGCAGCUUUUUUCUGUUAUCUUCAUUGGUAAUGUGAUUGUUAUACUAUUAAGAGUCAAGCAAGGCUCUGGAAACUUUUCCGAAUAUCCUAGCUCCAACUACACAAACUAAUUUAAGGAAGGGUUGCUGGAAAAUCCUUCACUAGGUCACUGCAAAGUCUUUUAUUUGUUUAGAUGUUAUCAUCUUUGUGUGAAUGAGGGUUUUGAGAUAAUAGGAUAAAUUUUCAGUAGAAUUAGAUGAGUUGGGUAAAUGUCCAACAUGGAUUUGUGUUCAAAUGAACUGUUUGGGUGGUGAAAACACUGGAAAGAGUUUUUUUUAACCAGAAAAAGAUGUUCUGUUGUAAGAACAGUUUUUCAAUGCAUGUAUAUUUUACUACCAUCUCCAUCUAAUCAUUUAUUCCAGAAUGAACAGGAAACUCUAUUUGCAGCUUUUCCAGGGACUGAAAAAAUUAUCUUGCACAUUUGUAAUACUUUAUUUCUCUUUUAUAACCUGUAAAGCCUAUUUAAAAAUAUUAGACACGUUUACCAUUUUAAUUAUUCUGGAAACCAAAAAAAGGAAGUUGUGUUUAAUUGUAAACAUUAAAAAAUUGUAAAGGGACAAAAAAAGUGUAAAAAAAAAAGUUGCUUUGUAAAUAUUGAAUCCUAUUUUUCACUGAGGGUAAAGUGGAUGCAUUAAGUUUCCAAAUAAAGUGUAUUUAGUUAGCUAUAGUCUUGAAAACCUAUGUGACAGAAAAAAAUUAAAGUAUUUAAGAAAACAAUGAUUUAUUACCUUAACAUUUGUUGUAGCAAGUAAGCCAUCUCCAUUUAAGGAUGCAGUUACAGGAUGGCAUCCUAAAGCAAGCUAUAUUCAUCAUCCUCAUCACUUACAAUAUCUUCUAGUCUGUAAGUUGCACCUUUGCAACCAUUUUUCUUGUUUUAUGAAUUCCAUUUCUAUCAAAAGACCACCUCCUAGGCUGCAUUUAUUUAUAAAUUAUCACCUUUUUUUUUAAAGUACAAUCACCAUACUGAUAAAACAGAAAAUGCUGGGAAAACUCAGCAGGUCAGGCAGCAUCUGUAGAAAGAGAAAUGGUCAACAUUUUGGGUCUCUGUCCUUCAUCAUAACUGAUUUCCAUCUUCUGCAGUUUUUUUUGAUCCCUAUACUGAGUAGCCUGGUUUUUAUUUGAAGGUUUAAGAUGAGUCUGACAACAGAUUCGAGGAAAUUAUGUAUUUAUGGGAUGGUGGGUGAAGGUGUUGAGUCAAUCUGUGAAAGCAUUUAGUCAAGAGAAGACCUUGAGUCUUACAUAAGUUUUUUUUUGGAGGUAACAUGUUUGCAUUUGUAAACUUGUGUACAAAUUAUGUCCCCUGUUGUGGGUUUUAACAAUUUAACAAUCUUACAAUAGACAACUCUGUUAAAAUUUUUGGUAAUUGAGACUGGAUAUUCAGACUGAUUUCCCAGGGAUUAUAAGUGCCUGUAUUUAUAAACUAAAUCUGAGAUUAAGACUAGUCCACAAGGAUUCAUUUAGUACAUGGUUCUGUUCUUUUGAGUCAUGGAAAGCACAGCAAAGUAUAACUUCUCUAAUGUCAAGGUUUUGUUUAAGAGGGAGGUGUUUGUACAUUUGAAGCAGACCAUUCUUGGACCAUUUCAGUUGAAGUGCAACAAGAAAAUUAUGGUUUUAAAACCUGUAACAAUUUUAGUUGUUGUUCUUCCAUUUAAAGUUUUACCUCUGUCUGGUCACUGAGUCACAGACCAGCUGUUGAUGUUGAACACCACCUUUACCAGCCAGAACAGGCAGCAACAUUUUCAAUCUAAGGCAGACCCAAGUUGAAACGAAUUUACAUAUCUGACAGAGUAUUCAAGUUAUUAUUUGUUAAUUGUUUAUUUUCACUGGCUGACUCAUUUCAGUAUAGUACAAAAUACUUCAAAUAUCCACUUAAUCAGUGCAAAAAAUAUUUUGUGACUUUUUAAAGCUAAAGAUAUUUGUAAACAAAAUGUAAAAAGUGUUAAAUAAAAGAAUUGUCUUUUAAAAUUGA